AGUCAGCUAGACAACCGUAACCAAGGACUGAGUGUAUACAACAUGUCAGCCAUUGAGCUAAGUUAGCGAGCUAGCAAUGCAUGUUUAUCAGAUGCAACCUCUUGCAAAGUUAAUUGCUCUUUUACAGAGGUAAACUAUAGUGUCUCGACUACGUGUAGAUUGAAUUGGAAACACUUUGCACAUCAAGCUGUCUAUUCAAGCAUCAACGAGGCAUGCAGCUGAAACACCUGAAGACACUGCUAACUCCUCAGGAUGGAGCUGCAAAAGUCACAUGUAUGGCGUGGGCCCCUAACAAUGCGAGGUUUGCUGUAUGCACGGUGGACCGAGUGGUCCUGCUAUAUGAUGAACAAGGGGAGAGGAGAGACAAGUUCUCCACUAAACCCGCGGACGCAAAGUAUGGGAAAAAGAGCUAUACUGUCAAGUCCAUGGCAUUUUCACCAGAUUCCACCAAAAUUGCCAUUGCCCAGACUGAUGACAUCAUCUAUGUAUAUAAAAUUGGAGAGGACUGGGGCGACAAAAAAGCAAUUUCCAACAAGUUUGUGCAGACGAGUGCCGUUACCUGUUUGGUUUGGCCAGCAGACCAUAACAUUUUUUGUGGAAUGGCAGAUGGAAAGAUCCGAAAAGCCAACACAAAAACAAACAAGGCGUCCACAAUUUAUGGGGCAGACUCCUACGUUGUCUCAUUAACAUCCAAUGUGUCAGCCAAAGGAAUCCUCUCAGGCCAUGCAGAUGGGUCAGUGGUGCGCUACUUCUUUGAUGAUGAGGACUCCGGAGAGUCUCAGGGAAAGGUCUUCACACACCCGUGCCCUCCGUACGCCCUGGCCUGGGGGGCCGACAGCAUCAUCGCCGGCGGAUGCGACAAAAAGAUUGUGGCCUACGGGAAGGAGGGCCACAUUCUGCAGACGUUCGACUACAGUAGGGACCGCUCGGAGAAGGAGUUCACCGUGGCCGCAACCAGCCCCAGUGGACAGUCUGUUGUGCUGGGGAGCUUCGACAGGUUAAGGGUGUUCAACUGGAGCCCUCGCAGGGGCAACUGGGAUGAAGCACCUCCCAAGGAGAUCCCCAACCUCUACACCAUCACGGCCCUGGCCUGGAAGAAGGACGGCUCCCGACUCUGCGCGGGUACGCUGUGUGGGGCCGUGGAGCUGUUCGACUGCUGCUUGCGGAGAAUCCUCUACAAGAACAAAUUCGAGAUCAUUUACGUGGGGCUGAGUCAGGUACUCGUGAAGAACAUGUCCACGGGGACCCGCGUGGUGCUGAGGUCUCGAUUCGGCUACGAGAUCGGAGAGGUCAAGAUCCUGGGGAAGGAUCGCUUCCUGGUGGCACACACCAGCGACACACUGUUACUGGGAGAUAUUACAGCCAACAAGCUCAGCGAGGUGGCUUGGCAAGGAUCAGGGGGAAACGAGAAGUUCUUCUUUGAAAACGAAAUGGUGUGUAUGAUCUUCAAUGCUGGAGAGCUGUCCCUGGUGGAGUACGGCAGCCAGGACAUCCUGGGCUCUGUCAGAACUGAGUUCAUGAACCCUCAUCUGAUCAGUGUCCGUCUCAACGAGAGGAAACAGAGAGGCGUGGAGGACAACAAGAAGCUGGCCUACUUGAUUGACAUCAAGACCAUCGCCAUUGUGGACCUGGUUGGUGGGUUCAGCCUGGGCACGGUGAGCCACGACUCCAAGGUGGAUUGGCUGGAGCUGAACGAGACGGGCUGUAAGCUGCUCUUCAGGGACAGGAAGCUCAGGUUACACCUGUAUGACAUAGAGAGCCAUGAGAAGACCACGGUGCUGAGCUUCUGCUCGUACGUGCAGUGGGUGCCGGGCAGCGACGUGGUGGUGGCGCAGGACAGGAGCCACCUGUGUGUGUGGUACAACAUCGACAGCGCCGAGAGAGUCACCCAGUUCUCCAUCAAGGGGGACAUUGUUGAUCUAGAACGUUCCAAUGGUAAGACACAAGUAGUCGUCACAGAGGGGGUCAGCACAGUGUCUUACACUUUGGAUGAAGGCCUCAUUGAGUUUGGGACGGCUAUAGACGAUGGAGACUAUUACAGGGCUACGGCGUUCCUGGAGACUCUGGAGAUGAACGCAGAGACGGAGGCCAUGUGGAAGACCCUGAGUAAGCUCUCUCUGGAGGCCCGGCAGCUCCAUAUCGCAGAGAGGUGCUUCGCUGCAUUGGGUGAUGUUUCCAAAGCACGCUUUCUCAACGAGACCAACAGGAUUGCGGACCACGUGGCGAAGGAGUUUGGUGGGGAUGGCACGCAGCACUACCAGGUGAAGGCGCGUCUGGCCAUGCUGGAGAAGAAUUACAAGCUGGCAGAGAUGUACUUCAUGGAGCAGAACGCCAUCGAUGAGGUGAUGGAAAUGUACCAGGAGCUCCACAUGUGGGACGACUGCAUCGCCGUUGCCGAGGCCAAGGGCCACCCGGAGCUAGACAACCUGCGACGCAGCUACUAUGCCUGGCUGAUGGAGACCAAUCAGAAUGAGCGUGCGGGAGAGGUCAAGGAGAGCGAGGGCGACUACAUGGGUGCCGUCAACCUCUACCUGAAGGCAGGGCUGCCCGCCAAGGCCGCCCGAGUGGCCAUGAGUCGCGACGAGCUUGCGGCCAACGUCGACGUCAUCAACCGCAUCGCCUCCGCCCUCAUCAAGGGCGAGUUCUACGAGAGGGCAGGUGAUCUCUUUGCAAGGAUCCGGAACAACCAGAGGGCCUUGGAGUGCUACCGCAAAGGCAGCGCCUUCAGAAAGGCGGUGGAGCUGGCACGCGUGGCCUUCCCGGCGGACGUGGUGAAGCUGGAGGAGUCCUGGGGCGACUACCUGGUCCAGCAGAAGCAGAUGGAUGCCGCCAUCAACCACUACAUCGAGUCCGGCUGCUCGGAGAAGGCCAUCGAGGCGGCAAUAGGUGCGCGGCAGUGGAAGAAGGCCGUGCACAUCCUGGAGCUGCAGGAACAGCACGGAGCAGGCACAUACUACCAGCGCAUCGCCCAGCACUAUGCCUCCAUACAGGAGUACGAGGUUGCCGAGCGUCUGUUUGUCAAAGGGGAUCAGAUCAAGGCGGCCAUCGACAUGUACACUCAGGCAGGGCGCUGGGAGGAGGCUCACAAGCUGGCGGUGAAGUGUAUGACCCCACAGGAGGUGUCGGAUCUGUAUGUGAGCAGGGCAAAGGAGCUGGAGACAGAGGGCAAGUACAAGGAAGCAGAGAGGCUCUUCUCCACCGUGGAUCAGCCUGACUUGGCCAUCACCAUGUACAAGAAGAACAAGAUGUACGACGACAUGAUCCGCCUGGUGGCCCGCCACCACUCGGACUUGCUGCAGGAGACGCAUGUCCACCUGGCCAAGGAGCUGGAGGCAGAGAAUCGGCUACAGGAGGCUGAGUACCACUACUUAGAGGGUCAGGAGUGGAAGGGAGCGGUCCACAUGUAUAGAGGUCACGACAUGUGGGAGGAAGCCUACAGGGUGGCGAAGAACCAGGGGGGUGCGGCAGCCCAAAAGCAGUUGGCGUACCUGUGGGCCAAGAGUCUGGGGGGCGAGGCGGCCGUCAAACUGCUUAACAAGUUCGGCAUGCUGGAGACUGCCGUAGAGUUCGCCACAGACAACUGCUCUUUUGACUUUGCCUUCGAGUUGGCGCGCCUGUCCCUCAAGCAUAAGAUCCCCGAUGUCCACUACAAGCACGCCAUGUUCCUUGAGGACGAGGGCAAGUUUGCGGAGGCCGAGGCAGAGUUCAUUAAAGCCGGCAAGCCUAAGGAGGCCGUGCUGAUGUAUGUGCACCAGAAGGACUACGGCGGAGCGCAGCGUGUGGCCGAGGCUCACGACCCGGACAGUGUGUCCGACGUGCUAGUGAGCCAGGCCAAGCACUGCUUCGACCAGCGGGACUUCCAAAGAGCCGAGGCCUUCCUGCUGCGCGCGCAGAGGCCCGAGCUGGCCAUCAAGUACUACAAAGAUUCAGAGAUGUGGAGCGAUGCUAUGCGGCUCUGUAAAGAGUACCUCCCCAGCAAACUGGCCAUUCUGCAGGAGGAGUAUGAAAUGGAGGUGUCCAAGAAAGGACCCGGGGGUGUGGAGGGGGUGCUGGAGCAGGCUCGUGAGUGGGAACAGACAGGUGAGUACGCCCGGGCGGUGGAGUGUUACCUGCGAGUGAAGGACACCGCCAAUGUGGCCCUGAUGGAGAAGUGUUGGAUGAAGGCUGCUGAGCUGGCCAUUAAGUUCCUGGGUCAGGACAGGUCAGUGGAGGUCGUCCAAGCUGUGGGACCACGCCUCGUCCAGAUGAGGAAGUACAACGCAGCAGCUGAGCUGUAUCUCAACCUGGACCUCAUUAAGGGAGCUGUGGAUGCUUUCAUAGCGGGUGAAGAAUGGAACAAAGCCAAGAGGGUCGCCAAGGAGCUGGAUCCAAGGUUGGAAGAUUAUGUGGAUCAGUGCUACAAAGAGCACUUGAAGAACCAAGGCAAAGUUGACUCGCUGGUGGGUGUGGACGUCAUGGCAGCCCUGGACAUGUACGCGGAGAGAGGCCAGUGGGAGAAGUGCAUUGACACAGCGUCCAAACAGAACUAUAAGAUCCUCCACAAGUACGUGGCUCUAUACUCCACUCACCUGAUCAAAGAGGGGGAUCCGGAGAGGGUCCUCAACCUCUACAUCCAGCACGGAGUACCUGCCAAUCCACAGAACUUCAACAUCUACAAGCGCAUGUUCCAGGAACUCCUGGGCCAGUCGCAGAGGGACAACGCCGAGUCCUACCGCAUGUGGGCCGACCUCCGAGACGUCAUGCUGGCGUUGUGUGAGAACAUGACCAAGUCGUCGGAGGCCAACUCUCCAGCUCAUGAGGAGUUUGAGCAGAUGCUGCUUAUCGCCCACUAUUACGCCUCCCGCUCAGCCGCCAGGGGCCUGGACCAGCUGAGUACCAUAGCAGCCAAGCUGUCCAUUGCUCUGCUGAGACACACAGAGCUGAUUCCAGCUGACAAAGCCUUUUACGAGGCAGGACUCACUGCCAAGGCUGUCGGCUGGGAGAACAUGGCCUUUAUUUUCCUCAACCGCUUCCUGGAUCUGGCCGACGGGAUUGAUGAAGGCAACCUUGACGCUCUGGAUCAUUCGGACUUCCAAGACACAGACAUCCCCUUCGAAAUCCCUCUGCCUGCCAAACAGCAUGUCUCUGUGGAGAAGCGUGAGGAGAUCCGGGACUGGGUGCUGACCGUGUCCAUGGACCAGCGGCUGGAGCAGGUGCUGCCCCGAGACGAGCGCGACACCUACGAGGCCUCUCUGCUCGCUGCCAACACCGGCAUCCGCUCGCUACCCUGCAUCAUCACCGGUUACCCAGUCCUGCGGAAUAAAAUUGAGUUCAAAAGACCAGGGAUGGCUGCAAACAAAGACGACUGGAACAAAUUCCUAAUGGCUACCAAGACAACCCACAGCACAGAGUGCCAGGACGUGUUGAAGUUUCUGAACCACUGGUGCGGAGGACUCCCGACCGCAGGCUACUCUUUCCACUGAUAGUGCUCAUGUGAUUCCACUCCAUCUCUCCCUCUUUUCCUCCCUCCCUCCCUCUCCUCCUUUCUUCCUUGUCUCCUCCCUUUCCUCCUCCGUCUCUCUCCAUCCAUUUCAUUUGCCUUCUCCAUCAUUCCUCCUACUUGUCACGCAUGCAGUCUCUACCUCUCUCACUCAUUGUCUUCGCCCUUCUCUCUCUUUUUCUCUCUCUUUUUUUCUCUCUCUCUCUCUCUAUCGUUCUCUGGUCCUCCCAUGGGAACUCUUUAUGUCUCUCCUCAGACCUGGCUUUGAGUUGAGGUCAGAGAGCUCUUACCUGAUCUCCGGGUAGUCUCCCAUUUUCAGGAGCUCUCUCGGUCUCUCUCUCUCUGCCUCUCUCUCUCUCUCUCUGCCAUCUCUCUGUGAAUGUUAUUUUAUUCUGUGGGAUGAAAAUGUGGAGCGUUUGCGUACUUCACACCCUUGUGACGGGGGGUCGCGGGGCUCGUGACCGUGGCAAAGCACAAAGCAAUCUGUUUGCGUUUUCCGAACCUGCAUCCCUGUCUGGAAUUCCCAUUCAAUUGUCAAACGUCAGGUGGACAGGUUUUCAAACGUGUUUACAGCAAAACAUGAUUGUAAACUACAACACAUGAAAAGACCUGUAGCUGUCAAUGUAAUCAAAGUACUUAAUAUUUGUGAUGCAAAAUAUUUUCUCAUACAUUAUAGAAUUGUAUUGCAUUUUGAGUGUGAUUUGUGAGUUAAGUGCUUAAUAAAGUAUAUUUGUAUAUUCUA